UCCGGGAAUCCAAUAUUCUUCAUAUAUAUUCCAUCAUGCUCACCCUUGACUCCACAUACAUACUUUCCUCAUAUUGCAUCAAUUCAACAUGUCUAAAAUUGUCUUAAUCACCGGCUCUAACACGGGCAUCGGCCUUGAGGUCGUCAAAGCCCUUGUGGGCGCCAGCAAGCCAUACACCAUUCUUAUGGCUGGACGGACCCCUCAAAAAGUGCACGACGCCAUCUCCACCACUCAGAAAACAUUCCCAUCGACCCCCAGUACAUUCGUACCGCUCCAAGUGGACCUCGAAUCGGACAAUUCGAUCGAGCAGGCAUUUACCGAGGUGAAUUCCAAGUUCGGCAAACUAGACGUCCUCAUCAACAACGGCGGGGCAACCUUCGAUCACGAAGUCCUAUCCGGCAAGCUCAGCGCGCGAGACAUGUGGAACAAGACCUGGAACGUCAACACUGCCGGAACACAUAUCCUGACCUCGACCUUUGCCCCUCUCUUACUACGGAGCUCGGACCCUCGUCUGUUGUUUCUCACCUCCGGCACAUCCACUCUAGCUGGUACGGAUAAUCUAGCUACCCCCGUGAACCAAGUACCACCUAAGGGCUGGCCCAAAACUGGUUUCAAUGUACCUGCGUACCGGAGUUCCAAAACUGGUCUCAAUAUGCUCAUGCGCGAGUGGCAUCGCUGGUUGAAAGAGGAUGGCGCGAAAGUGUUUGCUAUCUCCCCUGGGUAUCUGGCUACGGGCUUGGGUGGUGAUCCUGAGGCUUCGAAGAAGCAUGGCGCUCAGGAUCUCGUCACUUCGGGUGUUGGUGCGUUUAUCCGCGGUGUUAUUGAGGGGGAGCGCGAUGCGGAUGCGGGGAAGGUGAUUAAUAAGAACGGGGUUCAGGCUUGGUAGAUGGUGGAGUCCCUCAAACAUCAGGGCAGGUCUUUCGCAGCCUUUAGACUGGUGACUCUGAUUGUUGGCUAGUUGGCAGUAGGUCUGACGUGUAAUAUAUAUCGAAUGUAUUUU